UCCUCUCUGGAUCAGACUGCUGGAGCUGUGUCACAUUAAACUGGAUGAUCUGAAUAGGAAAACGGCGGAAAAAGACUGUUUGAAGAGGCUGAAUCAGAGGAGGGUGAAAUGAUGACGAGAGGAGUGGCAAAUUUCACUAAAAACUUCCCUGAUCGACGCGCUCGGCCCGCCGCUCCUCCCCGUUAACAGCGAGGAAGAAAGUUUCCUCCUCUGACUUGAAACUGUCCUCAUGUAGCGACAGUCUGACUGAGCGUUUCCAGAGCUGUUGCUUUUAAAGUUUUGACUUUUACAAACGAAGAAGUUUGAAAAUGAGAGCAGACAACUAGAGAAGUCAGCUGAAACUUUUCCCUCGUCGUGCGUCACCAUGAAGCCACUGGUGCGCUUCUGCGUCUCUCUGCUUCUGCUCUGCGCUCUCCUCGAGGGUGCUCAACCAAACUGUGACAGUGACAAUAGACAAUGCUCUGGGAAUGAAACAGAAACAUUUACAACAGACACAAAAUCGAUCAGCUUAGAAUCAGAUCCAACCUGUAACUUAUCCAGCAGGACUGACACCACUGGACAGGGAUCGCUGAGCGAUUUGACUCCUGGAGCCGUCUACCCUGUGUUUUUCGGUUGUUUCAACUGCUGCAAAGAAAUCACAACGAAGCCUGAAGCUGUCAGGGAUCUCAGUGUCAGUGAAAUCACAACCUCAUCCGUGUCUCUGACCUGGACUAAACCAAAUGGAAAUAGCUCCCUCUACAGAGUCUACUGGACAGAUGAAACAAAUAAAUGGAACAAGAGUACCAAUGAAACAAACAUGAAUGUCACUGGGCUGACAGCUGGAGUAGAGUACACUUUUACAGUCAGUGCUGUAGCAGAUGAUGGUCAAACUGAAGGAGAGAAUUCCACGAAAACUCGGUACACCAAGCCUGGAGUGGUUACGGAUCUUCGAGUUCAUAAUGUCACAACAUCCUCAAUGUUUCUAACCUGGACUAAACCAGAAGGACAGAGCCCCUCCUAUAAAGUACAGUGGACUGAUGAGGCAUCUAAGACUGUGACUGAGACAAAAACAUCCAUUAACAUUACUGACCUGACUGCUGGGGUCCAGUAUGACAUAAGUGUCACUGCAGUGGCUGGAGAUAACACAACAGAAGGAGAGAGUUCCACUGUUUCAAGAUACACCAAGCCUGCAUUGGUAGAUAAUCUCAAUGCUGUUGAUAUCACAACAUCCUCAAUGUUUCUGAACUGGACUGAACCAAGAGGAGAGAGCCCCUCUUUCAGAGUCCAGUGGAAAAUAAAAAAUGGAAAGCUUAUUGACACUGUAAACGUGACAGAGACAUCCAUUAACAUUACUGACCUGACUGCUGGGGUCCAGUAUGACACAAGUGUCACUGCAGUGGCUGGAGAUAACACAACAGAAGGAGAGAGUUCCACUGUUUCAAAAUACACCAAGCCGGCAGUGGUCGAUAAUCUCAGUGCUGUUGAAAUCACAACAUCAUCAGUGUGUCUGAACUGGACUAAACCAGAAGGAGAGAACUCUUUCUAUAGAGUACAGUGGGAGAAUGGAGACAUGAAUCAGACUAAAACUGUAACAGAGACAUCCAUUAACAUUACUGGCCUGACUGCUGGGGUCCAGUAUGACAUAAGUGUCACUGCAGUGGCUGGAGAUAACACAACAGAAGGAGAGAGUUCCACUGUUUCAAAAUACACCAAGCCUGCAUUGGUAGAUAAUCUUCAUGCAGUUGACAUCACAACAUCAUCAGUGUGUCUGAACUGGACUAAACCAGAAGGAGAGAACUCUUUCUAUAGAGUACAGUGGGAGAAUGGAGACAUGAAUCAGACUAAAACUGUAACAGAGACAUCCAUUAACAUUACUGGCCUGACUGCUGGGGUCCAGUAUGACAUAAGUGUCACUGCAGUGGCUGGAGAUAACCAAACUGAGGGACAAAGUUCCACUGUUUCAAUAUACACCAAGCCGGCAGUGGUCGAUAAUCUCAGUGCUGUUGAAAUCACAACAUCCUCAAUGUUUCUGAACUGGACCGAACCACGAGGAGAGCGCUCCUUCUAUAGAGUGCAGUGGAGGAAUGGAGACAUGAAUAAGACUAAAACUGUAACAGACACAUCCAUUAACAUUACUGGCCUGACUGCUGGGGUCCAGUAUGACAUAAGUGUCACUGCAGUGGCUGGAGAUAACACAACAGAAGGAGAGAGUUCCACUGUUUCAAAAUACACCAAGCCUGCAGUAGUGAAUAAUCUCAGUGCCAUUGAAAUCACAACAUCCUCAAUGUUUCUGAACUGGACUAAACCAAGAGGAGAGAGCCCCUCUUUCAGAGUCCAGUGGAAAAUAAAAAAUGGAAAGCUUAUUGACACUGUAAACGUGACAGAGACAUCCAUUAACAUUACUGGCCUGACUGCUGGGGUCCAGUAUGACAUAAGUGUCACUGCAGUGGCUGGAGAUAACACAACAGAAGGAGAGAGUUCCACUGUUUCAAAAUACACCAAGCCGGCAGUGGUCGAUAAUCUCAGUGCUGUUGAAAUCACAACAUCAUCAGUGUGUCUGAACUGGACUAAACCAGAAGGAGAGAACUCUUUCUAUAGAGUACAGUGGGAGAAUGGAGACAUGAAUCAGACUAAAACUGUAACAGAGACAUCCAUUAACAUUACUGGCCUGACUGCUGGGGUCCAGUAUGACAUAAGUGUCACUGCAGUGGCUGGAGAUAACACAACAGAAGGAGAGAGUUCCACUGUUUCAAAAUACACCAAGCCUGCAUUGGUAGAUAAUCUUCAUGCAGUUGACAUCACAACAUCAUCAGUGUGUCUGAACUGGACUAAACCAGAAGGAGAGAACUCUUUCUAUAGAGUACAGUGGGAGAAUGGAGACAUGAAUCAGACUAAAACUGUAACAGAGACAUCCAUUAACAUUACUGGCCUGACUGCUGGGGUCCAGUAUGACAUAAGUGUCACUGCAGUGGCUGGAGAUAACCAAACUGAGGGACAAAGUUCCACUGUUUCAAUAUACACCAAGCCGGCAGUGGUCGAUAAUCUCAGUGCUGUUGAAAUCACAACAUCCUCAAUGUUUCUGAACUGGACCGAACCACGAGGAGAGCGCUCCUUCUAUAGAGUGCAGUGGAGGAAUGGAGACAUGAAUAAGACUAAAACUGUAACAGACACAUCCAUUAACAUUACUGGCCUGACUGCUGGGGUCCAGUAUGACAUAAGUGUCACUGCAGUGGCUGGAGAUAACACAACAGAAGGAGAGAGUUCCACUGUUUCAAAAUACACCAAGCCUGCAGUAGUGAAUAAUCUCAGUGCCAUUGAAAUCACAACAUCCUCAAUGUUUCUGAACUGGACUAAACCAAGAGGAGAGAGCCCCUCUUUCAGAGUCCAGUGGAAAAUAAAAAAUGGAAAGCUUAUUGACACUGUAAACGUGACAGAGACAUCCAUUAACAUUACUGACCUGACUGCUGGGGUCCAGUAUGACAUAAGUGUCACUGCAGUGGCUGGAGAUAACACAACAGAAGGAGAGAGUUCCACUGUUUCAAAAUACACCAAGCCUGGAGUGGUCCGGGAUCUCAGUGUCUCUAAUGUUACUACAUCCUCUAUGUUUCUGAGCUGGACUGAACCAGAAGGAAAGAGGUCUACUUUUAGAGUCCAGUGGAAAACAAAAAAUGGAAAGUUCAUUGAAACUGAAAAUGUGACAGAAACACAGAUUAGCAUUACUGGGCUGACUGCUGGUGUCCACUAUGAAAUGAGUGUUACUGCAGUUGCAGGUGAUGGCCAAACUAGGGGACAGAGUUCCACUGUUUCCAAAUACACAAAACCUGGAAAAGUUGGGAGCCAUACUUCAUCUGUGACCAACUACACCAUCUCCCUGAACUGGAAAGCACCUCCUGGUGACGUGUCUGAGUACAGGGUAGAUUGGCACAAUGGUGGGACAGAGAUGUCAAACUCCACAACCUCUACCUUUGCCAAGCUAUCAGACCUGAUCCCUGGUACUACCUACACGAUCCAGAUCACCGCUGUAAAUGGGGCUCAUGAAACAGGAGAACCUUACAUAUUCACUGUUGUUACAAAACCUGCUGUAGUCAAUAAUCUUAUCAUCACUGGAGUCACAACAACAUCUGUGACUCUAGAGUGGUCUAAACCAAAGGGCAACGCCACGUCAUACAUCGUUCAGUGGCUGGAAGGAGUAAAAAGCUUGAAUGACAGCACCAAUGAAACAUCCCUUACCAUCGAUGGUUUAACGCCUGGUUACGAGUACAGCAUUACAGUGGUAGCUGUUUCUGAAAGUCCCUCAAACACAGGAGAGGGAACUUCAACAUCUACCUUCACAAAACCUGUAAAGCCUGUGAAUAUCACUGUUGGACCCCGAGGAACUGAUAACCUGAACAUCGCAUGGGUUUUGUCUGAAGGAAGGGUUGAUCACUAUGUGGUGCACAUCUUAAAUAAGGAACUGAUGUUUUCUAACAACAAAACAUCAAAAAACACCACUGUCCUCUUCACUGGUUUAUAUCCUGGGAGAGUCUUUGUCGUCACGGUGACUGCUGAGGCUGGAGCACACAGAGAGAUGUCUGAUGAGUCUCAAUUUGCCACUUACCCUACUCCUCCUGGUGCGAUCGUCAUCACUCGCAGGACUAACUCCUCACUCCACCUGGGUUGGGCGACUCCUGCUCUGAUGGAGAAUGCUCCUGACGUCAUUUACCAUGUCACCUACAUCUCAUCCAUGGACGGUGCAGAAAAAAAUGAAAGCAUGGUCAACAAAACUGAUCUGUUGCCACUUUUAGCUGGAACUUCCUAUAACAUUUCUGUGAAAACAAUUGGACCCCAAGGCUUAACAAGCUCAGCUGUCCAUACUUCUACUUUCACCUCACCUAACCCUGUGUUGAACCUCAUAUCCCACCCUAAAUCCAUCUCCUCCGUGGAAGUGAAAUGGUCACCACCACGGGAAGAAAAGGACUAUUACACAUACUAUGUCCAAACCCACAGCCCUACAGGGACACCCAUAAACAGAACAGUCAGCACUAACAGUGCUGACUUAUCAGACCUGGAGUCAGGAACGAGAUACAGCAUCAGCGUCAGGACGAUAGCGGCACCAGGAAUCGAAUCAACAGAAGAAUUCACAUCCAGCUACACAAAACCCACAGCAGUGGCGAAUGUCAAAGCAGAGAAUGUGACAACGACAUCUGUCCGGCUGUCCUGGUCCAGGCAGAGUGAUUACAAACAGUCCUACUCCUACCUGGUGAUGGCACUGCAUGGUGCUAUGCGGGUUCACAAUGAUUCAACCAAGACUGAGACGUACACCUUCACCAAUCUGUGCCCUGGAAGACUGUAUACUUUUAAAGUGAUCACAGAGGUGGACGGGGUAGAAUCCUCCGUGGCAAACACAACUAGUUACACAAAGCCUCCAGUGGUGUCUGACAUCUUAGUCACAGGAGACACAACCAAGCUGUCAGUGAGCUGGAUGGCAGCAGAGUGUCAGGUGGAAUCGUUCACCGUCCGGCUGCUCAGAGGCGAGGAGCUGGUGGGAAACGGCACAGAUCUAAGUAACACGACUGUAAACAAAGUGUUUGAGGGCCUGAAACCAGGAGUGCUGUACUGUGCAGAGGUGAUCACUGAGAGUGGACCUUUUAGGAAUACAAGUCCAAGAGUUUGCAACGCGACCUUUCCCAACCCUCCUGGUCCCAUCACAGUGGCGUCUCAGACUGUGGACUCGAUUAAUUUCACCUGGUCCUUACCUGAGAACAUGGACCACAUGCAGUAUAACUUCAGUGUGACCACAUCUAAUGGCUCCUCUUUGACCACAGACCGCUGGUUUCUGCUGAAAGGUCUACUGUCAGGAAGUCCGUACAACAUCUCUGUUGUAACUGUUGGUGUGAACAACUUUGAGAGCACAGAGGUGACUGCACGAAACUAUACAAGACCAUAUCCUGCAGAAGUGCUGGCAAAAAAGACAGAAAUCAACCCAACUACAGUAACCUUGUUUUGGGAGCAGAAAGAGAUCAAACCUCACUACUCUUAUGUGGUGAAGGCUUCUAACAAUGCUCCACCUGAAACAGUCGACAAAACCACAAAGACGAUCAGUGGACUUCUCUCUGGGACGAACUACAGCUUUACUGUGAUUACUCAGACAGAGGAUGGCACUCAGGCAGAUCCUGAGACUGUGUCUUUUUUUACACGACCCCAUGGUGUUAGACAUUUACAGGCUAAAACCUUAAACACAACAGCUGUCCGUCUGUCUUGGACUGACCCUAUGGAAUACAAACCAGAGUACAGAUAUCAGGUUGAGACUACAGGCUGUGACACCUUCAAAAACAUCAACUCCACAGUAAACAACACUGUAAUCUCUGAGCUCACCCAAGGGACCGAAUGCACCUUCUGUGUCUUUGUCAGGGCAGGAGACGGCAUUAAAGGAGAAGCAAAUUGCAUCUCUCAGUACACAGAGCCUGAGACAGUGCAGCCCAGUAUCUCCAGUCAGGGCUCCAACAGUUCAAUCCUGGUGUCGUGGACCAAGCCUCAAGGGAGAGUGGACAACUUCAGCGUUUCUUUGACAAGCACCUCUGAAUCUGGAAUACAGCUGAACUCCAGUGCUACCUCCUAUCUUUUUGAGAACCUGUCUGCUGGAAGAGUUUAUUUCGCAGUGGUAUCCACACUGAGCGGACCCUUCAAGAGACCAUCUGUAAAUGUUACAAAUGCAACUUUCCCCAACCCUCCUGGCCCAAUUUCAGUGCUGGAAAAGACAACUAACUCACUUGAAAUUAAAUGGGAGGGGGCUCCUCAGAUGUCUGGUGCUUCAUUCUUCUACCAGCUGACUAACAUAUCAGCAAAGGAAGGCAACUUCAUCUCUACCACCAGCACCAGUCACACUUUCUCCUCCCUGCUGUCUGGCACCUCCUAUAACAUCUCAGUGGCUACAGUGGGUGCUUCAGAUUUUCAGAGUGCGAAGGUUUACCGCCACAUGGUCACCACAAGACCGUUUGGUGUGGGUUCUGUUCGCACUACUGUGGAGGAGGAGAUCAUUAAUGUCACAUGGGACAUACCUGUUCAAUACAAGGACAGCUAUCGGUUCAUUUUGACAAGGCAGAGCUCAGAAGGAAAUGUCAGUGACACAGCAAAGGAAAACACAUACAAUUUUACCAAACUUGUUCCUGGCAGCCCUUACAACAUCAGUGUGACCACAGAGACGUCUGAUGGCACGCAGAGUAAUACAACAUGGAAAUCUGUCUGCACAAAGGCGAGCCCUGGGACAAACUUUGUGUGUGAGGGUCCAAACAAAACAAAUGCAGAAGUCAUCCUGACCUGGAAAUGUCCUCGUGGUCGGUACUCCAGCUUCAAGGUUUAUGUUGACGAUAAUGACCAUUCAACAAGCUCCCAGUGUAAUCUCACGGUGCCCAACCUUCGUCACUACACUGAGUACAAGCUGACUGUGGAGACACAGAGCUGUGGACCAGCCAGCAAUCAGACUGUUCGCUGCAGGACAGGAAUCACAAAUCCUCCCUCUCCAGGAAACCUUAACUUACUGGUGAAAGUUAUGGAAAGAGAACAUGACAGAUUUACGCUUAACAUUAACUCCAGCCUUCUGAACAACACAAACGGGCCGAUCAGAUAUGUUGGAGUACUGGUGAUGAAUGAAAACACUGACACCUCUGACUUUAGAAGCUACUUGGAGAAAACUCAUGCACAGUGGGAUGCAGGAAACACUCCAGCAUAUCUGGCAACAGUCAGAGAGAUAAACCUUCAAUCCCGCAGCGAGGACGCCCAGCUAGUCAUAGUGGUUGGAGAUAGUAGCAUAUGGAAAGGCUACACUAAUGGUGCUCUGAAAGCCAACCGCAAUUACCAAUUGGCUAUUGUCUUGUUCACUGAUCUGAAACUCCAAAGUCAGCUUGUGAAUGGUGCACAGUCACUGGUCUCAGUAACACAAUUCAGUACAGUCGUCUUUCUCCCAGUAAACCCAGCUGUGAUCGGCCUCGCUGUCGGAGCAACUUUGGGAAUUUUUUCCAUCCUCUUCUUCAUCCUCAUUGGCUUCAUUAUUUACUGGAGAAGGUUAUCCAAAAAAAAAUCACCUGACAUCCAGAUUAACCCCAUCAGAGCCAAAUCUGUGGCUGUGAAGGUUGAGGACUUUGAGGCGUACUACAAGAAGCAGAAAGCCGACUCCAACUGUGGCUUUGCCGAGGAAUUUGAGGACCUAAAAACUGUUGGAACAGGACAGACUAAAACAAACGCCCUGGCUCCAGAGAACAAGUCCAAGAACCGCUACAACAACGUGCUUCCCUAUGACCACUCUAGGGUGAAACUCUCUAUCAUCCAUGGGAGUCCACAUGAUGACUACAUCAAUGCUAACUACAUGCCGGGUUACAACUCCAGGAAGGAGUUUAUAGCAGCCCAGGGUCCUCUGCCGCAAACAGUCAACGAGUUCUGGAGGAUGAUCUGGGAGAAGAAUGUACAGACUCUGGUCAUGCUGACACGCUGCAAUGAACAGGGACGGGUAAAAUGUGAGCAGUACUGGGAACACGGCACCAAGCACUUUGAAAACAUCAUUGUAACAAUGACCUCUGAAAUCCCCCUGAAAGACUGGACCAUCAGGGACUUUGAUGUGAAAAAUGUGAAAACUGCAGAGACCCGCUCAGUUCGUCACUUCCACUUCACAGCCUGGCCGGAUCACGGUGUGCCAGAGACCACCGAGCUCCUAAUAAGUUUCAGACAUCUGGUCAGAGAGCACAUGGACCAGUACUCCAGACACUCUCCUGCUGUGGUCCACUGCAGUGCUGGUGUUGGUAGAACUGGUACCUUGAUAGCCAUCGAUCGUCUAAUCAACCAGAUUGAGAGGGAAAAUACGGUGGACGUGUACGGCAUCGUCCAUGAUCUGCGCAUGCACAGACCCCUCAUGGUGCAGACAGAGGACCAGUAUGUCUUCUUAAACCAGUGUGCCUUGGACAUCAUCAGAUCAAGAACUGGAACCAAUGUGGAUCUAAUCUACCAAAACAUCGCUGCGAUCUCUAUUUACGAGAAUGUGGAGCCAAAGAAAGGACAUUCCAAAAACGGGUACUAGGAUGCAUAAAUUCUGUCUUCCAUUCCUGUCUGUUCUCUUAGCAAGAAUCUGAGCAGACACUCGUGAAGGGGACACCUCUGAUAGAUUGUGAUGUAUUUAUUCUUUACACAUUUUAUAAUUCUGUUAAGGAUAUAAUGUUGCUUUAAAGGUUUAAAUUUCUAUUUUGUGGUAUUUAUUUCUUAAGAACCUUGAAUAUAUGAUAAUAGAGAAUCUGUGUACGGUGAAAACAGAGUGGGCAUAAUCACUGACCAAAGAUAUUUGGAUUUUAUGUAAACCUCCUCUUACAUUCUCAGAUGUAUGUAUUGCUCAAAUGUGUUUUUUCUUUAUUACUACUGUAUAUGACCUACUGAUGAUUACAUAUUUUUACUCAGGUAAUAUGAUGGAUGCUGUACAGGUAUUAUUAUAUGGCUUUGUAUAAAAAGAUUUACUGUUGAGAAUAAUGUGUGCCUUUCCAAAAACCUGUAUGCUUUGUCACCACUAGGGGGCACUCUGAGUUUUAAAGUGAAAAAGACAAAGGGCUGCCUUCAUCUUACUUCAGGAACCUUAAUGUCUUAUUCUAACAUUUUUCACUUAACUUUGUACCAAUGAUUCAGGCACUGGUUUUGCACCUUUGUAAGCCAAUUUGAACUGUGCAAUGCUUUUUAAUGAAGGAAUUCUCUCAUGUUUAGGUAAAUGUAUUUGUUUGUAUAUGCACUGUGGCAAAUGAUGCACUGGAUGCAUUUGUCUUUCUUCACUGUCCACUUUUUUAAACUUUAGAGAUGUAUUUUUUCUAAAUAAGGAUUUUUUUUUCAAUUUAGCCUGUGCUUUGUAAAAGUAUUAGGACUGUGCUUUUUAACCAAUGUUUGUUUGUCACAAUUGUCCUGUGAUUAUGUUUAGAUGAAUAAAAGAUGGUUCACAUUAAA